AUUCAAAAUAAGAGUGAUCGAUUAUUAAUCUAGCAUAUAAAAUUCCAAGUUUCCCUGUCCACUGAUUAUUGAAAGAUAUUUUCAAGAAAAAUAAUAACAAAGGUCAAAUCUAAAGACCAAAAGAAGGAGAAAUCAGGAUUUGGUGUACACAUGAGCUGUUGUUAAAUAAUUGGAAGACACAGUACAAGCAUGAUCAGAAGCAUGAACACCUCAACUAAAGCCUUUCCCAUACUUCUCCGCCUAUCAUUUUUAUUUACAAUUUCAAUAAUCUCUGAAGCAAUAGACACCAUAACAACAACACAGUUCAUUACAGACAAUCAAACCAUAGUUUCAUCUGAUGGAAGCUUUGAAAUGGGAUUUUUCAGCCCUGGAAACUCCAAGAACCGGUACUUGGGAAUAUGGUACAACAAAAUCGCAACUCAAACAGCGGUAUGGGUUGCUAACAGAGAAAUUCCGAUAACUAAUCGAUCAGGCAUCCUAAAGAUCACCAACCCGGGAAUCCUCGUUCUCCUCAAUGAAACCGGCAACAUCAUAUGGUCUUCGAACACGUCGAGAACUGUACAGAACCCAAUUGCACAGCUUCUGGAAUCUGGAAAUCUUCUUGUGAAAGAUGCAAAUGACGAUAACCCAGAUAAUUUUUUGUGGCAGAGUUUUGAUUAUCCUUGUGACACUCUUUUACCGGGCAUGAAACUUGGAAAGAAUUUGGUAACUGGCCGCGAUUGGUACUUAUCGUCCUGGAAGAGCAACAAUGAUCCAGGUCGAGGGGUUUUUACGUAUUGGUUGGAUCUUCGCGGAUAUCCACAGUUUUGGGGGAGCAACGGUUCAGUUGAGUGGUACAGGUCUGGACCGUGGAACGGUCUGCGAUUUAGUGGGAAUCCCAGUUUGAAAAAGAACAGCAUUUACAAAUUCAAUUUUGUUUUCAACAAACAGGAGGUGUACUACAGUUAUGAGUUACUUAACAGCUCGAUUGUGUCGAGGUUUUCGAUCAACGAGAAUGGAUUCGUGCAGCGGUGGACAUGGGUCGAUGGAAAGGGUUGGGUGCUUUACCUAAGCGGACCAACAGAUACUUGUGACACUUAUGCCUUAUGUGGCAAGUAUGGCAGUUGUAAUGUUGGGAAUUCACCGGUUUGUGGGUGCUUGGAUAAAUUCGUGCCAAGCCGUCCAAAAGAAUGGGCGAUGGGAGUUUCAACAAAUGGGUGUAUUAGGAGGACACCAUUGGAUUGCGAAAAAGGCGAUGGAUUUCUGAAGUAUUCAGGUAUUAAGUUGCCAGACACCCAGUAUUCCUGGUUUAAUGAGAGCAUGACACUUAAGGAAUGUCAAACCGCGUGCUCGCACAAUUGCACUUGUAUGGCUUAUACAACUUUGAAUAUAAGUGGUGAAGGAAGUGGCUGCUUGCUUUGGUUUGGUGACCUGAUUGACAUCAAAGAGUACACUGAAAAUGGGCAAGAUAUCUACAUAAGGAUGGCCUCAUCCGAGUCAGAAGGCUUGGCAAUUUCCAAUGGUGGCUCUAAGGAGAAGAAAGGAGAGACAAUCGGAAUCAGCUUGGCAAUAUCAAUGGUAACACUUUCGUUAAUCUUUGGUCUCCUCUUUUAUGUUUGGAGAAAGAAGCAGCAGCAGCAGCAGCAGCAGCAGCUAAAGAGAGAAGGAAGAACGAGGGAUAUCUUUAAACACGGUUACAACAAUGAGAGCCAGACGAAAGAUUUAGAGUUACCAUUGCUUGAUUUGGCUACAAUAAUGAAUGCCACCAAUGACUUUUCGGAAAGCAAUAAGCUUGGAGCGGGUGGCUUUGGCACUGUCUACAAGGGUAUGCUAGAGGGACAAGAAAUAGCUGUGAAGAGGCUUUCGAGAAAUUCUAAACAAGGAGUUGAUGAGUUCAAGAAUGAAGUUAUAUGUAUUGCCAAACUCCAGCAUCGGAAUCUUGUAAAGCUUCUAGGGUGCUGCAUUCAAGGAGAAGAGAAGAUGUUGAUCUAUGAAUACAUGCCUAACAAAAGCUUGGACUCCUUUAUUUUUGAUCCAACUCGAAGCACCAUUCUAGAUUGGCCGAAGCGCUUCCACAUUAUCAAUGGAAUUGCUCGAGGACUUCUUUAUCUUCACCAAGACUCAAGACUAAGAAUUAUUCACAGGGAUCUCAAAGCUAGCAAUGUUUUGUUGGACAUUGACAUGAACCCAAAGAUAUCAGACUUUGGCAUGGCUAGAAGUUUCAGAGGUGAAGAGACUGAAGCUAACACAAGCAGAGUGGUCGGAACAUAUGGCUACAUGUCUCCAGAGUAUGCAGUGGAUGGAUUUUUCUCAAUAAAAUCAGAUGUGUUUAGCUUUGGUGUUUUGGUUCUAGAGAUUGUAAGCGGGAAGAGAAACAGAGGAUUCUUUCAUUCAGAUCACAACCUCAACCUUCUUGGACAUGCAUGGAUGGUGUAUAAAGAGGGCACGUCUUUGGAGCUGCUUGAUGAAGCUGUAAAGGACUCUUGUCAUCUAUUUGAAGUGUUGAGAUCAAUCCAUGUGGGUCUAUUAUGUGUACAACAACAUCCAGAAGAUAGGCCAACCAUGUCCUCUGUGGUUCUGAUGUUGGGAAGUGAAGGUGCAUUGCCUUGUCCCAAACAGCCUGGUUUUUUUACUGAAAGGAAUCUAACUGAAGCUGAUAAAUCUUCUGGCAGAAAUGCACCUACUUCAACAAAUGAAUUCACCAUUACAAUACUAGAGCCUCGAUGACAUAAAUGUGUACGUGUGCAUGUACCAAAUUGUGUUAUUCUCACGUGUUUGUAUGCUGGAGACUCCAUGGUAGGGAAGCCGUUGCUACUGUU